GAGACUUGCUCGCGCACGGAGCAGGCGGAAAGGAAAGUUUGCGGAGCGGCCGGCGCGGGGCCAUGUGGCUGCUGUGGCUGCUGCUGGGCUCGGCGGAGAGCCAACUGUUGCCUGGGAAUAACUUCACAAAUGAAUGCAACAUUCCUGGAAACUUCAUGUGUGGUAACGGACGCUGUAUCCCAGGGGCCUGGCAGUGUGAUGGGCUGCCCGACUGCUUCGAUGAAAGUGACGAGAAGGAAUGCCCAAAAGCCAAAUCCAGAUGUGGCUCCACGUUCUUCCCCUGUGCUAGCGGAAUCCAUUGUAUCAUUGGCCGCUUCCGGUGCAAUGGCUUUGAGGACUGUCCAGAUGGCAGCGAUGAAGAAAACUGUACAGCAAAUCCCUUGCUGUGCUCUACAGCCCGAUUCCACUGUAAGAACGGCCUUUGCAUCGAUAAAAGCUUUGUAUGCGACAGUCAAAAUAACUGCCAGGACAACAGUGAUGAAGAAAGCUGUGAAAGCCCUCAAGAAACUGGCAGUGGCCAAGAUUAUGUGACCUCAGAGAACCAACUGCUAUAUUAUCCCAGCAUCACCUAUGCUAUAAUUGGCAGCUCAGUUAUCUUUGUGCUGGUGGUGGCCUUCCUCGCCUUGGUUUUGCACCACCAACGAAAACGCAACAACCUCAUGACCCUGCCUGUGCAUCGGCUGCAGCACCCUGUCCUCCUGUCCCGGCUGGUGGUCCUUGAUCAUCCACACCAUUGCAGCGUCACCUACAAUGUCAACAAUGGAGUUCAGUACAUGUCCAACCAGACCUGCCACAGGCCACUGGAUCUGGAUUCUCCACCAUCCUAUUCAGAGGCUGUGUUAGACCAAAGCAGACCCCCUUGGUUUGAUCUUCCUCCACCCCCUUACUGCUCAGAGUCUGAAUCCCCCAGUCAGACAGAUCUCCCUCCUUACCGAUCUCGGACAGGAAGCUUGGUGAGCACAGACACUCCAAUGGCAGGAAGCCCCUUGAGCACAGGCAGCAGUCGGACAAGAGGUGUCAGUAACAGUAUGGACCAUCACAGAAUGCUUUGUGAGAGAACACCUGAGCAAAAUGACUCUCUGAUCAGUCCUGUUGCUGAAAGAGAAAUGUGA